AUGUCUAGCAAAGAUAGCUGGCCCCCUCCCCCACCGCAAGAGCAGCCUCAGCAACAGCCCUCUCAACAGCAGCAGCCUCAGCAGCAGCCCUCGGGUGGACCUCUUCCUCCAUCAUCAUCAUCCCAACAGCAGCAACAUAGACCUCAUCCAUAUACAAGUGGAUCUGGACAGACACAACCUCCUGUUUUACCCCCUCCUCCUUCCAUGAGCUCGGGCGGGUCAACUUUUUUUAAUCAAGCAGCAUCGCAUCCUAUGUCACUUCCUACAUUAUCAACAGGUUCUCACCCGUCUUAUUCUUUACCAUCUAUGCAAUCUAUGUCUGGACCACCGCCUCCCGGAGGUAAUAUGGGCCCCCAGCAGCAAAGAGAGUCCCAACAAGCCUCCCAAGGGCCCCCUCCUCCACAGCAGCCUCAAAAUUCGCAGCAGCAACAGCAGCAAGCUCAACAGCAACAGCAACAGCAACUACAACGCUCUGGAUUGCCCUCAAAUAGUCCUGCACAGACUGCACUCGUCAUGCAGACAUCUCCACCCGUAGUUACACAAAUGCCUCUUUUGAAUUCGUCCCAGGGACCUCAUCUAGGUCAACAGCAGCAACAACAACAAGGUCCCGGGGGACCUCCCACUCACGCAUUGUCAAGCAUUCAGAAUUCUAUCUCCGUGCAACAACAACAACAGCAACAGCAGCACCAAGGAGGAAUGAAUCAGGCAGUUAGUCAGGCUCAGAGUCAAGCCCAGGCGGCGGCCUCUCAAAUGCCCCCAUCCGCAACCGGACCCGGAAAUGGGCCCGGGGGCCCUAUUCUUAAUGUAGGAGGCCCCCUACCAACAGCCCUUACCCCCCCCCGUUCCUUUGCUCCCCUUCCCUAUAGCACCGUUGCGGCGCACGAUGUGGACCGCCGCAGGAUGUCUUCGUCUUCGUCUUCUUUAGCUUUGCAGGGUACUCAUGGUCAGUUGAAUGUGAAGGAUGCUUUGUCAUAUCUCGAUCAGGUCAAAUAUCAAUUUCAGGAAGAGCCGGAUGUGUAUAACAACUUUCUGGAUAUCAUGAAAGAUUUCAAGAGUCAGGCAAUCGAUACCCCUGGGGUUAUUGACCGUGUUUCUACCCUAUUUAGUGGCCAUCCGAGCCUGAUACAGGGCUUUAAUACUUUUUUACCUCCUGGGUACCGUAUCGAGUGUUCCCAAGACCCAAGGGACACUAAAAUAACUGUUACCACCCCAUCUGGGAUUCAUCACGCCUCGUCGGGGGGUGAAGUCUCAAUUGGCGGCGGAAAUGGGAUACCCUUGUCUAGUGCUUCUCUCAAUGGUAAUGGGAAUGGCCCCGGACAACCUGCUCACUCACGGUUUUACGAACAGCAAGGGAGUAGAUGGGGCAGUGGCGGUGUGGAUAGUGUCAUGUACGCUUCCUACGGUCCCGGGGUUCCUGGUCCUGGUCCUGGGCAGCAGCAGCAACAGCAGCAACAACAGCAACAACAGCAGCCGCCCCAGCAGUCGGAGCCACUUUCAGCAAAUCAACUGCACCAACAACAGUUGGCGCAACAUGCGCAGGCACAGCAGCAGGCGCAACAGCGGCAGGCGCAGCACCAAGCUAGUGUGCAACAAGGUGUAAAUCAACUACAAUCCGCAGCUGCUCAUACUAAUGGGGCCACUGUAAAGGUACCGGCUGGAUUAAUCGUUCCUCAAGGUCCCGGAACACCUUCUGGUGCUAGCGAUGCCAAAGCAGGAAAAGGUCCUGUCGAGUUUAACCAUGCCAUUAGCUAUGUGAACAAGAUUAAGAAUCGAUUUGCACAACAACCGGAAAUCUAUAAGCAAUUUCUUGAGAUCCUUCAGACAUACCAACGGGAGUCAAAGCCAAUCCAAGAUGUUUACUCGCAGGUUACAGAGCUUUUCAAGACUGCCCAAGAUCUUCUUGAGGAUUUUAAACAAUUCCUUCCUGAAUCUGCUGCUCAAGCUCGGGCAGCAGCCGCAGCGAAGGCAGCACUUGCAGAGCAAGACGCAGUAUAUCCACCUGGAGGUUUAGGGCCUCCGGGACCUACAGCGGCAGCACAAGCUAGGUUACCACCUGUCGGAAACUUUGCACCGCCACCGAGUGUUGGGAAAGAAAACAAAGGGAAGAAAAGAGGCCCACAGGUCCCAACCCAGGAACAGAAAACUGAUACAGCCGUAGCUGGCAGUAGUGUUUUGACAAGUAGAGGCGCGGCUAAGAGGCAUAAAACUGGCGUAAAUAAACCUUCAGUAACAGAGCAAUUGGCAGCCGUUUCGCCAACCCUAAUUCCAUUUCAACCUGAACCGUUAGGGCCAUCGCCACAGCCUAUGGCAUCGACUGAGGAGUUGGCAUUCUUUGACCGAGUAAAAAAGUUUAUUGGUAAUAAGCAAACUUAUAACGAGUUCCUGAAGUUGCUCAAUUUGUUCUCGCAAGACCUUAUCGGUAAAGACAUGCUUGUUGAUAAAGUUGCAAACUUCAUUGGUGGCAACAAGGAAUUGAUGGACUGGUUUAAACGAUUUGUGGGAUGGGAGAGUAGGGAAGAAAUGAUAGACAAUAUCCCACGAUCUCUUAGUAAAGUUAGACUGAGCGUUUGUCGUGGACUGGGACCAAGUUAUCGUUUGUUGCCUAAGCUAGAAGCUCAAAAACCUUGCAGUGGGCGAGAUGAGAUGUGUUGGGAAGUCCUUAAUGAUCAAUGGGCGUCGCAUCCUACCUGGGCAUCCGAGGAUUCUGGAUUCGUUGCGCACAAGAAAAAUCAAUACGAAGACAUCCUCCAUCGUAUCGAGGAAGAACGCCACGAUUAUGACUUCAACAUUGAGGCUAACCUUCGAACUAUUCAACUUCUUGAGCCGAUUGCUCAGAGAAUUGCGGGGAUGACGCCGGAGGAAAAGGCGACUUAUAAACUGCAGUCGGGCCUUGGCGGCCAGAGCAAGACGAUUUACCAACGGAUAAUCAAGAAAGUUUACGAUAAAGAGAAGGGUCUCGAAGUAAUCGAAAUGUUACACAAUAACCCAGUUGCCACUGUUCCAAUUGUGUUGAAACGCCUGAAAUCGAAGGAUGAAGAAUGGAAGGCUGCUCAGCGCGAAUGGCAGAAAGUCUGGCGAGACCAAACUGCAAGGGUAUUCUGGAAGAGUUUAGAUCACCAAGGAAUUACCAUUAAGGGUAACGAUAAGAAAGCGUUCACGAUUAAGUCCUUGGUAAACGAGAUUCAGGCCAAGCACAGAGAACAGGUGAACAAGCGGGUUAGUGCCACAACACCUAUACCCGAGUACCAGUUCCAAUAUUCUUUCUCCGACUUUGGCAUCAUCUUAGACGCCAGCAGGUUGCUGGCUGUUUCAUUGGAGCACAAUAACAUCUUCAGCCUAAACGAUCGCGAAAAAAUCGACGGUUUCAUCAAAUCCUUUAUUCCCCUUUUCUUUGGUAUGAAUUCGCGGGAUGUGGAAGACACCGUCAAUAGCAUCGCCCGGAAAACACCGGAUGAAGAUCAAGAUGAUGCACAUUCUCCAGCAGCUGGUGAAGGUACUUCAACCCGCAGCGGUCGUCGUGCUCAAAGACAAGAUCAAGACCUUCUUAGAGAUGUUCUUAAGCGGGGGAAGAAUGGCAAAGCUUCAAGGAAAGAGAAAGAAGGGAGUGUCCCCUCGCGCGGAAGUAAAGAAUCUACUCCGGAAAUUGGGCAGCAUGAUGUGGACAUCGAGAUGAGCAUUGACGGACCCGCAGAUCGCCCGAUCAAGGAGGAAGGAAAUUGGAUUGCAAGGCCGUUAAAGCAUCUCCCCGAUAUGAAGCCCGGAACACCUACUUCUCAUGCUGAUGAACCGAUGUUGCCCAUCAAAAGGAAUAUCUACUCACUUUACUGCAACACAACCAUUUACGGAUUCUUCAGAACCUUUCAGAUUCUUUGUAGCCGUUUAGCCGAUAUCAAAGCGUCGGAGGCAGACAUCCGAAAAGACAUCGAAAUUCGCAAGCAUCAUAAGGUUGCAAAUGAGCUCAAUAUUGCAAACCAGCGUAUUGAGGACCUAUUUGCAGAUACUGGUCCAAACGCAAAUUAUUACUCCCAGGUCCUGGAUAUGUGUGAGAAAUUCAUUGAGGGUGACAUCGACUCCAAUACUUUCGAGGAAGGACUCAGGUCAGUGUAUGUCCAAAGAGGAUGGCAGCUAUACACAAUCGACAAAUUGCUUCUUGCUAUUUUGAAGUUUAUUCAAACUAUUGUGCCAAAUGAUACGAAGGAGAAGAACCCAGAAAAAGAAAAGAAUGCGGACAUCAUAUUGAGAUUUCAGCGGGAUAGAGAGCGCAGGGAAUUUACCAAGGAGAAAGGGGAAUACCAGGAGUUGAUUGCUUAUAGACGUAAUAUUGAGGGGAUGCUUGGCCAAGAUGAUAAUGUUUACCGGAUUGAUUGGCAUGAGGAUACAAAAGAAGCAACGAUCCGCUUCGUCCCCCGGAACGAAGUUACGGUCAAUAAUGAUCUUGACAAAGAUGAACGCUGGAACUACUACAUCCAAACCUAUAUGAUGGUUUCUCCCACGGAGGGAAUCCCGCUUGAGAAAUGUAAAAAGGUGUUCCUCCGUCGCAACCACCCCUCAGAAGAAGAUCUCCCGGAGUCAGCUGGGUCUCCUCGAGAGGCCGCCAAUAAUGCCAUUGCAGAUGGUGCAUGCAAUGAGGAGAAUAUGGAAGUGCGGAUUUGCGUCAACACGUAUCGUCUCUUUUUCAUGCAGAACACCGAAGAUUUCAUAGUAAGGACAAGGAAAGAACGGAUGGCAAUGGGGCCGGAGCAGUUGGAAAGGGUAAAAGAGAAGAGGAAAAGGAGAUGGAGGGAGAAAAUUUUGGGAGAUGCAGGUUGGAUGAAGGAGCUAGAGAAGGAAGAGGUGGAUCGAAAGAAAGAGGAGUGGGACAGGUUUUUGAAGGAAGGGAACCACUCUGUAAAGGAUGUAGAUAUGGGUGGUAUCUAG